ACGUUAGUUCUGUCAAAUUCAGCAUAGAUUCAAAUGUAAUUACCUCUUUCGGAAACACUUUCAGUUUCCCAACACAGUGCAAUUGAUUUUUAUUUCAGAGGGGAACAUAAAUGUACUACAAUUUAUAAGCCAUCCUACCAUCUGCAUAUAUUAAUUAUUAAAUUGAAAUCGGUGUAACUUGUUCUAAAACUGAAAGUUUAAGGGACACUGUAGGCACUAUGAUAAUGUAAUCUCAUUGAAUUAUUUAUACUUGCACUGUCCCUCAAUUCAAUGUUAAAUCAUCUUUGUGCAGUUUUUUUUAAAAUUCUUUAUUUUUGUAGUGCAUUGCAAAUAACAGAGGAAUUGAGACAUUGCAGAGAUUAGCAUCAAAGAAUAUCAACGAAAGGUUGCAAUACAUGUCUGAAGUGCUGCACAAUUUUUAAUAUUGCAGUAAAAACAAAUAGCAUGGUAGAAAUUAGUGAGUAGUGGAAAACAAUCAUAAACUUAAGCACAUGCUAGAGAGAGUAACAACAGAAGCUGUGAGUGGGUGGUACUGGUGAUGGCAUUCCAUGAAAUAUUGCCAAGAUAAAACACCAGGUAAACAAGCUUAGUGAAUUGUCCCUUGUUAGCCUAUGCCUUCUGGGUAUGCAUCACAGUCCAACACAAUGGUGCUACUUUUGCCCUGAUAGGGUAAGAUGCAGAUCUGUAAAGUAAUGGGUUGCCAACGGGCAAUUGAGAGAGUCAAGGGAAUGCUUGUAAUUUGGGGCUACUGCCCUGAUUUCUUCUUCACAGAAGUACCAGGGGCCCGAUAUGUGUAGGGUCUAGGCCCUCUUCUGCAUGCUUUGCGUCGAGAGAUCCGCCGAGUUCGCGUCAACCAAAUCUGCUGCGGUCUCCCAGUUCUGUUCAGCAGUGUUUCACUCCGCACAUUCGUCCCUCCAUGUGAAGUCCCAUCUUGGCAUUGAAGAGCUACUGGCAGGGAGUAUGGGGGCAAGAUAGGUGCAUCUUGAUGCCAUCAUGCGGUCUCUGAGCCUGUUCCAGAACCUCUCAAAUAGCCUGUCUAGAUGCUUCAGGAUGGGAGACAGCGUGACGUGGGAAUUCUGCAUCCAUGUGGUGUGCGCCAUUUUGUAGUGGAUGGGAUGUCCUGGCAUUUGCUUACUUGUAAAUGCCGACAGGCUCCCACUGCAGCACUGAUAAUAUAUGCCGGAAUAACCCCAACUGGCAGUGGGGAGGGAGGGAGGGAAAUGGAGUAGGGGGUGAACCGCGGAGCACAGAAGCAGGUGGAGCGACCGGCAGUGUUCACCGCACCAUCUGUGUGUAGGCCGCAGGUCUGCCUCGCGCCUGAUCCGCUUCAAACGACCAGACCGGCAACCGUACGGACUCCAGCCAAAACCCACAGGAUCAAAGAAUCUGUUUUUCAAGAUUGACCUGGUUUAACUCCUUGAGUUAAACUGCAGGAGGUGCCUCUAGUGGCUGUUUGGGGGGCAGCCACAAUAGGCAGUCUUAACCCUGCAGUGUAAACAGUGUAUGUUCUCUAAAACUGUAAUGUUUAACAUUGUAGACUAAGGGUGACGGACACUGCACACAGAGCACUUUAAUCAGAUGAAGUGGUCUGGGUGCCUGGAGUGUUUCUUUAAACUUAAGCAGUUAAGAAAGUAAAUAGCUAAUAUUGUGGAGCACAUGUUGCAUAAAAUAACCUUUAAAUAUUAAUUUAUUUUUAAAACUAAAAGGACAUCAAGCAAAAGUGUAACAAUCCAGAGAUGUUGUUUUUUUCAUGUGUAAUAUGGUUGUCCCCCUAAUAUUUAUCCACUGAAGUGGUCCUAUUAUCUACUUUGCUGCCAUAGCAGCUUUCAGUGUUAUUUAUAGAUUUUAAUUUUAUUUUUAUUUACUUAGAUCAGCUGUUUUCUUGUGAACAACUGUUUCCUAAAUUCUCACAGACCCCAAUAAGAGUUGACUUUAAUAGAUAACUAAAGGUUUUUUCAUUUGCUUCUCUUGCAUAUCAUACAUUUUCAUGCUCAGACUGGUUCUGAUAUUCCCUUACAGCAAUACACCUCAUGAUUCAGCAAGGCAUAGCUGCUAUGCUUUUUUUUUUUUUUUAACUUUUAGUACACCUCUUCCAGUUCAAAUCUGUGCCACUGGUACAUAUUUUAUUUCCGUAUUUUGAAAUACUGCUACUGCUCAGGCUAGCUGAGCAUAAUGAGACAUUGUGGCAUUUUCAGUGCCAACUUUAGCUAUUGCUGUAAUCUUUUAGUUUUUCUUUUGUUUUGUUUUUUUCCCCCAGUUGAACAAUGUGAUUACACAAUUUCACACACAUACACACUGUUUUGUUGCAGUGUAUCUGUGUGUUCUUGCAAAUCAAUUGAUAUUUUUUACUCUGGGACAUACUUAACAAAGCAAGCCUGAAAAGUAAAACUCACUGUGCCAGCAGCUUUAUGUAAAUUUCAUGACAAGAAUUGGGCUACACAUCAAACCUUGGAUGACCAUGAUAACCAGAGAGCAAUGUGUACCAAACUUUGGAUGACAAUGGUAGGUUGAGAGUGCUGAAUAUCAGUUAGCCUAGUGCUCUCAGCAUAUCAUUACCCUCCAAGGCUAGACAAAUUUGACAUUAUAUAUAUUUUUUUGGCGAAGUUCAGCCUUUCUUGCGUUCGUUUUUGCCUUCUUUUGGAUGAACAGCAAAAACAACGUUCAAAGCACUGUCCAACUUUGCAACAAACUAGGGGGAAAAAAAUCCUUCUGGAUGCCAGAAUUGAAGUCAAAUCUCUUCUUGGGUCAAGAAGCUGUUAGCUCACAUGUUAAAAACUGUCCCUGAAUAUUUUGUUUUGCAAAUAUUCAUCAAGAUGCUAUUUAAACAACUGUACAGAUUCUGAUAAAACCACCUCUUCAGGCAGAGAAUUCCACAUCUGUAACGUUUUUACUGUAGAAAACCAUUUCCUUUAUAUUAGACUGAAUCUCCUUUCUUCCAGUCUAAAUGGGUGCCCUCGAGUCCUAUGUAUGUAGUCAAAUUUAUAAUUAGAUUUCCAGACAGUGGUUUGUAUUGGCCCCAAACUUCAAAUGCUACAGUCAUAAUGCAGAAGUGUAACUAAUGCAUUAUCUGAUCAGCUGCAUGGUAUCUGGAGGAGGGGUAGAUUUUGUCUUAAAACUGAGGAAUAGCGCCAUUACCUUUACAAUAAGCUUUUGUUGGUAUGAUAAUUAGAUUGCCCUUUUCAAGCACCCAGGCUCCAUUUUUAGGGAAAUGAAGCUCUUUCUAUGGAGGAUUUAGUGGGAUCCUCCCUAAACUUCAAUGCUGCACACGAGUACAGAUCUGACAUCGGCUCCUAGCAGCUGAAGCGUCUGGAGUUGAGGAGGAGAAGAUGGAAGAGGAUGGUGGUGCCAGUGAGGGACAGGUUCGGGUUAGUAAAUCUUACCAAUCAGAAUGCUGCUACAAUCCCAUCAGCACAUAGUAUAAUAUAUGUUGAUGAUCUGAUGCUGGUGGAAUUACGGUAGCUUUAUUUUCCUUGUUCAAUUCCUUGAUAUAAUGGUCAUGGAUAGAAUAUAGCUGGUUAAGUGGAAUCUCUCACUGGUAGUGUUGUAUUUGACUCCAUUUACUUGUAUAGUUCAUGUUUUUAGAAAUUGGCUCAUGUUCUGCCAUCCUCUUCUCAGUCCUGUCUUUUUUUCUCUUAUGACACAAGAGAUGGUUACCUUGGUGAGAUUUAUUAUAUUUAUAGAGUGCCGUCAAAUUCCGCAGCGCUUUACAAUGGGUGGAUGAACAGACAUGUAGUUGUAACCAGACAAGUUGGACACACAGGAACAGAGGGAUUGAGAGCCCUGCUCAAUGAGCUUACAUGCUAGAGGGAGUAGGGUAAAAUGACACAAAAAGGUAAGGAUAGUAUUAGACUAGUGACAGUUGCAGAAGAGGAAUCAGCCAGGAGCCAUUAACAGUUUAAUUGAUACACUUUUAUGAAGAAGUGGGUUUUUAACGAUUUUUUUUGAAGGAGUGGAGACUGGGUGAGCAUCUAACGGAGGAGGGAAGAAAGUUCCACAGGAACGGUGCAGCCCUCGAGAAAUCUUGAAGGCGAGCCUCAGAGGUGGGAGUACGGACAGAAGAUAGACGUAAGGGCCUAGACGGGACAUACUUGUGUAUAAGGGAGGAUAGAUAGGUGGGAGCAGCAUUAUGUAGAGAUUUGAAAGCAAGAACCAGAAUUUUAAAUUGAGCUCCUAUAUUUUAUAGGAAGCCAAUGUAAGGACUGACAGAAGGCUGAGGCAUGGGAGGUGCGGGCGGACAGGAAGAUGAGCCUCGCCGCCGCAUUCAUUAUGGACUGUAACGGCGCUAGUUGGGAGCACGUAAGACCACUGAGAAGCGGAUUACAGUAGUCAAGGCAAGAAAGGACAGUGGAAUGGACCAACACCUUAGUCGCAUCUGGCGUUAAGUAGGGGCGGAUGCGCGCAAUGUUUCUGAAAUGGAAAUGACAGGAUUUGGCGAUAGAUUGAACAUGAGGCUUGAAGGAGAGGUCGGAGUCAAAGAGAACACCUAGGCAGCGAGCCUGCGUGGUGGAGCUGAUGGUAGCACCGUUGACUUGGAGGGAGACAGACACAGGAGUAACAACACUUGAGGGAGGAAAGACCAGAAUUUCAGUUUUGGUCAAGUUUAGUUUAAGGAAGUGGGCAACCAUCCAGUUAGAAACAGCAGAGAGGCAGUCAGAGACACUAGUCAAGAGGGACGAGUAGAGGACAGGUAGAUUUGGGUGUCAUCUGCAUAGAAAUUAUAUUGGAAGCCAAAGGAGCUAAUGAGUUUACCAAGGGUGGCAACAUAGAUGGAGAACAGUAGGGGACCAAGGACUGAACCUUGGGGGACACCAACAGAGAGGAGUUGGGGAGAAGAAGCAGAGCCAGAGAGAGAAUCACCUGGGAGAGGUAGGAGGAGCACCAGGAGAGAGCAAUAUCUUGUAGACCGAUAUUGCGGAGGAUGAGAAGAAGCUGUUGAUGAUCAACAGUGUCAAAAGCCGCAGACAGGUCAAGGAGAAUUAGGAUAGAGUAGUGACCACGAGAUUUUGCAGCAAGUAGAUCAUUGGAUACUUUGGUCAGUGCCGUUUCCACAGAGUGCUUAGCGCGGAAACCAGACUGAAGCGGGUCUAGCAGAGAGUUGGACUCGAGGAAGUCUGUCAAUCUCGCAUACACAAUUUUUUCAAGGAUCUUGGAUGCAAAAGGCAGUAGUGAGAUAGGACGAUAGUUGGAUGGGGAGUUAGGGUCAAGAUUUGGCUUUUUUAGAAUUGGGGUUACAGUUGCAUGUUUGAAGGGCAAUGGAAAUACACCAGAGGGGAGAGAGAGAGAUUGAGAAUUUUAGUGAGAGGUGGAGAAAGAGAAGAGAGUACGGAUGAGAUGCGAGGGAAUUGGAUCUAGGGAGCAGGUGGUGGGGCGGGAGGACUGGAGCAGAGCAGAAACCUCUUCCAAUGUAGUGGGUGCGAAUGAACAUAGAAGAGCAGAGGGAGUGAAGUUAGGGGAAGUAUUGUAAGGGGAAGAAGAAAGAUGAGAGAUCUCUUCUCUGAUUGUGGAUAUAUGGUCUACUCUUGCUGGCUUACUGUCCAUGGAGACCAAAUAUAUGUAGUGACUCUACUGCUAGAAUUAUCAACCAGCAGCCUCUUCUGGGUCAUAAAAGACAGUCGCAUAAUAGACUUGGGGGAAGGGGGGAGGGUCAUAAAUCAUUUAUUUUGUUUCUAAGCUGUAGGAAUAGCUGCAAACUAUUUGUAACCUACCAAACAUCUUAAUUAGCCUGUGUGUAGUGUGAUCCCUAUUGUCUGUCUCAUUCAUGCGUAUUCUGCAGUGUGUUGAUCUACCAGUGACUAAAUCUGAAUUUUAGCAGCAUCACCUGGUGCCCUCACUGUAUUUUCUUCAUUCGUAAUGUAUGUAUCCUUGAGCUCUAGUGUAUACAUCAGAAACGCAGCAGAGAUAAAAUGGUUUUUGUGUGUGUUUGUGUUUUGUUUUAGUUUUUUUCUUCUUAUGUUUAUAUAAUAAUUUAGGAUGAAGUUGCUAUUUUUGCUGUCCUAGGGUUGAUUAAAAUUGACACAUGCAUGUUUUUACGUGAUGUACUUUGCACACUGGUUUUCUAUGUUUAAUUUAUUUACUUGUUGCUUCUGUUAAGUAACAGGUGUUGUAGAAGUGAAUUAACUAUUGCCAGUAUAAGUGUUUGGUCAGCUUUAAUGUAAAUUUGUUACCAUUGCACGCUAACUUUACUCAUUGUAAGGGCAGUGUCUCCGUGAAACUUGCAAGCAUAACAGAUGCGUCUAUUAGGCAUAGGUACUCUUUUUAGUCAAAGAGCAACACCAAAACAUACAUGUCCAUCUCUGGCUGAUUGGUGGCAGUUGCACCCAUGGGCAGUUGAUGUUUUUGGAUGCCUCCAUUAAUUCAGCCCCUCUCCCAGUAGUGCCAUAUCAUUACUUGGAUAUAGGCAAAAGUAAUGAUUGCAGCUAUUUUGUAAUGUAAUUCCCAUUAAUCUACCACCCCUCCCCCCAUUUACACACUAUUGUUGGUUUGGCCUCUAAAUAGUCAUACCCUAUUGCACUUAUUAGACUACUUAUAUGCCAUGGCUUUCUUCCUGAGCCACAGUAUCCUGUGACAUGUUGGUGAAAAACUCUCCAGGUGCACUGGCUUAUGACUCUCUCUCUUUUCUUUACAUCAAAUAUUUAUUGUAACUGAAGUCAGAGUUCUGCAUAAUUUAAAACUAUCAAUAUCCAAGCUCAUUUUUGUCUGAUUCAUGUUUCAUAUAUCUUACAAUUUUAGAAAUGUGCUUUUAAAAGGUCCACUCUAAGCUCCAUAACCACUACAUCUCACUGUGGCUAUUGUAACAACAUGCUUUCGUGGUUAUGUGUCUAAUACUCUUUUUACUGGAUUGACACAAUGCGGCACAUGAUCAUCUGAUGGACAGGUGUUUGUGGAUUGAUGUAUGUGUGCUGCUUUAAAAACAUGUUUGUUAAAACCAACAUGUAUUAAACAUGCAUCAUAUAAAAGAAAGGUCUGCAAACCAGACCCUCUUGGUGGUGACUGCAACACAGAUCUUUUCAAAUGUUUUUUUUAUUGAAUAUUUUCACAUUUAUUAUGAUACGUUUCCAAAAGAAGAAAAAAUGUCAUGGUAUACAUUAUAACAAAUAUUAACUGGGGAAAAUAAACAGUAUAUUUGGUGGUGACUGCAACACAGAUGUUUAGAUAUUAAAGGGGCACUAUUGUCAACAAAUCAGCUCUCGAUGAUGCUGUUUUUAUGUAUAGAUCAAUGCUCAAUUCUCUGCCAUUUACUACUUUGUUUGUGCACCCUAAUCACACCUUCCUGCUUGUGACUUGCACAGGCUUCCUAAACACUGUCAAGUGAGAUCUAAUGUUUAUACUUCCUUUAUUGCACAAUUUACAAAGCAGGAGAUACAAACUUCCAAAGCAAGUUAACAUCUGAUUGAAAAUAAACUAUUUUUUUCCCCAUGUUGGCUGUGUCAAUCACAGCUAUGGGUGAGUGGCUAGGGCUGCAUUGACAGAAACGAACGUGAUUUAACUCCUGAAUAGCAGAGAAUUGAGCAAUGAAGCUUCAGAGACCUUAUCUAGCGACCAAAACUGCUUUGUUAAGCUGAAAUUGUUUAGCUCACUAUAGUGUCCCUUUUAAAAGCACAGUUUGUAAAGAGUACAAACUGGGGUGGCACUCCAUGCAAUAUAUCACAACAAUUUGAGAAAAUGCAAAUAUUUGGAUUGUUCCUCACACAGAUGCACAAGUUUUUAAAAUAGUUUUUAGGAAAUGCCAUGUAUUAAUACUCAAGAAAUGCUUCCUCUAUUUAAUACGUUUUUCAAAUCAUUCAAUACUCUUAGAAAAACGUUCCAAAUGAUUGAUCUAUAUAGAAAUAUAAAUUAAAGGAACACUGCAUACACCUAAAGCACAAAUUAUUUGUGUAAAGUGUACCUUCCUCCCCUCCUCCCAUGAAAAACAGCAGAUUUCAAUAGAAAUUGGCACUUUUAUAAAGUAACUUUUUUUUUUUUUUUUUUUUUAUUCCUCUGGCUUUCAAGCAGACAACCAGUUCUUUUACUUGUUUAUUUUUGCUUAGUGGAGCUAAACUCAAGAGGCAGCAAUUGCUUAGACCACCUACCUUGCUAAGACUUCUCUGUGAGCUGCAUUGGGAAGUCUGUGAUUGGACAGCCACAGAAAAUCAGGGCUGGGCAGAAGGGGAGGGCUUUCAACAGCUGCAGACAAUAUCUGCAGGUUUUGCAAGCUGUUUUUAGAGCUCUCCCCAGUGAUAAAAUGCAUAAUUAAAUGCAUGUAAGUUUUUAUUGAGGGUAUAUCUCCUAAACAGUGAUUUAUGCUUGCCUUCAACAAAGAAAUUAAACAAAAACCCUUUAAAUAUUUGUUCUGGCACUGUAGCAAAAGCCUGAAAUGUUCAUCAUAAAUAAUCUUGGUGUGUGUUUAGGUAUAAUCUGUUUAAUCGCAUUUGGCUAACCCCUCAAUGACACAAAGCCAGCAAAAGCAUCACCUAUUAAUGUGUUGCAAUUCUGAUUUUUAAGUAAAGUCCAGUUUAAAUAUGACCCUCCCUUGCUUGCAUGUUUCAACUUGUCAUGCUCAUAGAGGCAUUUUAUUUUUUUCCUUCUCUGUCUUUGUUAAAAAAAAAAAAACAUUCUUUGAAUUCCUUCUUUCUGCACAGCUUCUGAUUUGAUUACAGGCCUUUGGUGCUAGACAAGACAUUUACAUUACAAUAUGUGUGUUUAAAGAGGACCGUGGUCUAUUUUUCAAUGGAGCAAUACAUGACCAAUCAUCCUAUUACUCAAAAUAGGCCUUAAAGAUUUCUUUAAAUGGUAAUUGGUUAGAAGCUUAAUCUCUUUGCUUCCUGUCACUGCAGGAUUCCGCAACAUUUUGAACACGCACCGUAAUGAAAUGGUCACUGUGUGAUUUAAUUAAUAUUGCUUAUGGAAAAGCGUCUUAAAAUUAUUUGCUGUUGUGGUGUGUCCAAUCCCCUCAUUUUAGUAUCUGAUUUAAAGGAAACUCUUAAAAAGAUGGAAUACUUGUAUACUUAUUUAUAUUGUGUAUAGGUUUUGAAAGUAUUGAUCUGCCUUCAUGAAUGCAACUCUUUUAAAUAUGAGAUACCGUAACAUCCAUGUGGAUGGAAAAAAAAAUGUUGUUUUCAAACUUUAAUUUUACUCAGACUGCACUGUUGUCUCAUCUGUAAAAGUUACCAGAAGGCUUAUUGUUGUAUUUGUAUUAAAUUAUUUAUUGACAGCACAAUGGCUGUCUUCAGCAUAUAGUUGGAAUAACUGUAUCUCUCUCCCCCAUUGCAGUUGGGUAUAAUAGAUGACACAUUGCCUGGUUAAUGGUAGAGAGCUGAGCAGCAUGCAGUAGAGGAGGGGUUGGGGGAAGUGGAGUGGCGUAUUGUUUAGUUUGGGAUGUAAUCUCUACGUUGCUCAGCAACUAGUUCGUGGAUACGGGAGUGGACUGCGGUCGCUCCUAGCAACCGUUGUUUGCCGAGUAACAAUCCGUAGGAGAGCAAACAGAGCCAAGCAUGGCAGCCUGUGCAUUACACAUGGAACAUCUGCAUCUGUUUUUUUUUUGUGCUAAUUAACCCUUUCUUUUCUGUCGCCGUGUGCAAUGCUUUGCUCAGUCUUGAGCAGGGUGGAUAAAAUUUGAUUUAAAAAAAAAAAAAAAAAAAACAAACACAAAAACAAUACAGUUCAGGUUUAAAAUAGUUUUAAUUUUUUUUAAAUCAGAUUUUCUUGAUUUUUAAAUUAUAUUUUUAAAAUUUAAUGUCUAAAUGGCUUUGAAAGAAAAAUGUAGCUAAAGAUUGUUUUCUGUUUUAAGGAACACUAAAGCUUUAGGAGUAUAAACCUGUAUUCCUAAUGCUUAUGUGCCCCUAGUUUCAGAGGUCCCACUUCAUGUGCCCGAAUAAUAGUAAUGUUUUACUUGCCUUUUUCCAGCAGUGAUGCUCCCUCAACGCUGAUUACCUAAGGGCCUGUUGCGCAUGUUCAGUGAGUGCCACUCUUGCAUCCAAGCAUUCCCGUGGGGAAGCUUGGAUGCAAGCGCAGGAAGGCAGCCACUAGAGGUGGGUUUAACACUGCAAUGUGUAAUCAUGUGUAAAGAUUCUAAAAGACUUCCAGGUAUUGCAUUGCGUAGUUAAAAGGACAGGACCACUUCACUCAGGCCUUUUUAUUGAGAUGAAGUGGGAGACUGUAGUGGUCCUUUUAAAGAUGCAUUCUAGUCCAAAGGAUAUUCAGCUUGUAAUAUGGAUUAGUUAUGUAUCAUGAGGCUGUAUAAUUAUGCACUAUUUACAUUUUUGGUAAAUUACUUCCAUUAAUUUAAAUUAAUGGAACUUGUGUCUGCAGAGAUAACAUGCACGUUUGCACAGCAAAAAUGUUCUAAAAUAAACAUACACAUUUUGGAAAACCCCUUACUCCCAUUGUUUUUAAAUUGUUCUCCAAACAUCAUUGAUUAACCUAUUAAACGUGGGAGCGUUAACCUUGCAAUAAUUUAAUCAUUCUCUGUGUAUUUUUGUACAUAGGAAAACCAGUUCUGAUGUAACUAUAUAAACUAAUCUGAAAAGUAAUAUUUCUAACAACCUGCGAGAUUGUGUCUUUACAUUUUAAAAAUCAUGGUUUAAAUUGACUUAAUUUAAAUAAAAUCCACUCUUGUUUGAGACACUCAUAAUAGAUUUGUAACUAAUAUCUACUACAAAAUUCCAAGUAGAUAGAUGUGUAAAUUUUCUUAACAUUUUAGAAAUAUGCUACGCCUAACCUUGUUGGUACCUGAUUGCAGUUUUUAACACAUUGUAUAUGAAAUCAAAUACGGCAUCACGUUAAUAAGCUUUCUAAAUGAUUCACUACUCUUAGAAAAACUUUCUAAAUUAUUUACAGAAGUCACCAUUUAAAUUAUUUGAGAUUUUUUGUCAUUUAAUAAAUCAUUUGGAAAGCCUAUUAAAACAAUGCCUUUGCUUUUAAAUGCAACCCACUCUAUAAUAUUUACUUGCAAAAUAACUUUAUUACUUGUGUUCUAUUUUGUAAACGUCCCCACAUCUAGACAUCUAGCACUAGGAGGGUGAGGUGACGUUUUCUGGUUUUGGGAAUUAUUUCAGAAAAUGUAUUUAUUUUUUUUAAUUUUUUUUUGUUGAUAAAAUAUUAGCUUAUCCGCUAUGAGGGAUAGCUUAUAAGCUACUCUCCUUUCACUCUGUGCAGUUGAUAAUGGUAUUAGGACCAUGUUCUAUAGGUCUUUGUUCCCUGAUCUUUGUGAUGGGAAAGUUAAAUGACAGGAAGGGAUGAUUCUACCAAAUUAUCUGGCCCAUUGCAUUGCAAUAUGGUUUAUGGGGUCUAUGUGAGGGUUGUACAGCUGCCUCCCAAUCUAUCAACAGGAGUAAAGCAAAUACUUAACAGAUUUGUUACAUUCUGUAGGUUUUCUAGUUUUGUAAGUAUGUAUGUUGUUCUUUGUGGCUCAACAAAAUCACAGCAUUGGGUUGCCAUGGUGACCCUAAUGCAAGCAGAUGCAGAAAACUUGCUUGUCUGUCGAUCAGUUUUGUUAGAUAGGCCAUCUAGCGAGUGGACUUGUACCACUCAUAGGGACACGUUGGGGCUAUAUUGUGGAAUUUUGACUUGCAGUACUGAGAAGAAGUGGUAUGGUGGCACAUCUUCCUGGCAUUCUGUCAUAAUGUCACAGGGGAGUGCUGGAAGAGCCGGAAGCUGUCUAUUCUGCUUGAAAAUGUGUAACACCUUCUCACUAAACAAGAAUAGAGCUGCAGACGAACAGAUUUUCCCUUCUUUCUACUGAAAUAGCUGAGCAGCAGAAUAAGUCAGAGAAGAAUUCAGUUGUCAUGGGGGUAAAAUGAGUUACUGGCCGUGUUAUGCUAAUUACCGGUAGGUGUUUUCUGCAAGAGAUUGUGGCUACGUUGGUACAAUUCUUAUUUUAGUUAAUUAGGUUUUUGACUGUUAAAUAAGGUGUGUGAAUGUAUGGUUCAUUAAAUCUGUUUUUAUUUAUUUAUUUUGUAUUGAAAAUAUGGCUUUGGCUCUUAAACCUUUUGGAAAUGUUUCAAGUUCCAUGGAUAGUACAUUUUUCUUUGGAGACCAUCGCAACUGCAGCUUGGUGCAUUGCGUUUUUAGUUUUAAGUGUUUUGACAAAAACAAAACAGGGCUUUCAGCACCCACAAAUUGUCUUCAUUGCAGCAGACAUUAUGAUAUGGAAGUUUCGCUUCUACAUAAUCCAUUCAAAAUUCAAUCCAACUUUGGGUGGACAAUUUAGCCUAGUGCCUGACACCUAUCAUUGCUCUCCAAGGAUGGGAAAUUACUGCAGAAAUAAAAUAUCUACAUUGUAACAGGGCAGCAGAAGGCCUUGAUGUUGCUUGCUUCAAGAGUACCAUUUUCUUUGAUAACCAAAGUUUCCAGAUGUCGUGUGAACUCGCAUAACCAUUUUGAAAGAUAUGCCAUCACAGUGCAAAAUUAUAGGUUUUCUAGAAGGUAAACAGAGUGACCAACUCCUCAUUAGUAGGAUUGUGAUGUUUUGUUUUUUAACUUCAUUAACUGCUGUUUGGUAGACAAAUAUCCAAUGAUAGAUUAAUGUUUUACAUUGUUGGAUUUUAUUUACAUCUUUUUUACUGCAUAUCAGAAGGUAUUUUGGAGGGGCUAUGUUUUGAGUUGAUGUAGGGUACACAAUUGUCAGUAGAAUGUGAAGGAAAGGGAAAACCUUUUUCAGGUGACCCUGUCCGUGUCCAAGGAUCCUUGGAGAUGUGUAUAUACCUGUGUGUCUGUUGUAUGAGAUGGCACGAGUGGUCCUUGUCAAAGAGCUGGCAUUUGUCAAGAACAAGUCUGUUUAUUAUGUAGUAAAAUCAGGUGUUACAUUUUUAGAUGAGAUCAGGUGUGCAUGAAAUGUCCUUUAAUGUUAAGGGCAAUGCUGAUUCGGUAACAACCUGCAUACAAGAUUUCCCAGCAACAUUAUGAGACAGAUUAUGUCCCUCUCACAGACUGGUGGGGCCCAGCACAGUAGUACCUCUUGCAUAGAAUUUAUAACGUCACUGCACAUAUCACAGAAUGCUUAGUUCUUGUACAAGGUUAUAGAACAAAUUUUAAUGUGAAUUUAAAGAAUGUUUUCCAUUAAGGUUUUUUAAUUUCUAUCCCGAUACAGGUAGCACUAUGCAGAAUUCAGACAGUGGCUCGGACUCUGCUACAUCAGUCUCGCUGAGGACUUCUGCAACUGCCCAAGCCCCAGUAGUUCAACCUGUUCCAGCUUCUCAGCAGGUAACUGUUUCAAUAAUUUCUAACCAAAGAUAUUUCACAUGGGAAACAGACUUCGGUGUGGCCUCUUACAUAGAACCUACGCCUUUAAAAAGACAUGUAUGUAAUAAGAAGAGACCAUAAGACGAACGUCUUGUUGUGCACAAUAAUUCUGGUGAACUCCCCCUGAAGGGCAAAAUAAAAACAAACUUUAAAUGUCACCAGAGAAGUUCAUCAGAUAGUGGCACCGGGAAACAAACUCCAGGCAACUAAUGAGAAAUGACAAAAGAAAGGCUUGAUAAAGGUCUCGCGUAGCGACCAAAACAUUGUCCAAGUGAAAUGCUCCAUUAAAAAGGUUGUCAUGAUUUGGACUGCUAAGUGCCUUGAUCUCAUACUUUCUUAAUACAUAGGAAAAAAGGCAAGUGGCAGAAUGGGGAAAGGAGCAUUGAGUAUUUGGAGGACAUUAACCAAAAAAAAAACCUGUCUUAGGUCAGUCGUAACUUUGCUAGCCGAUGUUAGGACGGUAUCAUAUGGCUUCUAGUUAACUUACCGUAUAUACUCGAGUAUAAGCCGAGUUUUUCAGCACAUUAUUUGUGCUGAAAAACCCCAACUCGGCUUAUACUCGAGUCAGUGUCUGUAUUAUGGCAAUUUACAUUGCCAUAAUGCAGACUGGGGGCUGGCAGAGCUGUUACUUACCUCUCCUGCAGCUCCUGUCAGCUCUCUCCUCCUCCGCGCCGGUCCGGUCAGCAUCUCGGUCAGCUCCCAGUGUAAGUCUCGCGAGAGCCGCGGGGUCAUAGUGCGGCUCUCGCGAGACUUACACUGGGAGCUGAGAGAAGAGCUGCACGGACCGGCGCGGAGGAGGAGAGAGCUGACAGGAGCUGCAGGAGAGGUAAGUAACAGCUCUGCCAGCCCCCCUUCUCCCCCACUGAACUGCCAAUGCCACUGGACCACCAGGGAAGGAGAGCCCCCCUCCCCAGCCAGCUAACAAGCAGGGAGGGGGGACGAAAAAUAAAUAAAUUAAUAAUAUAUAAAUAAUAAUAAAAAAAUAAUUAAAAAAAUAAUAUAACAAAAAAAUUAAAAUAAUAUCAAUUAAUAAUAUAUAAAUAUAAAUAAUUAAAAAAAUAAUAUAACCCAAAAAAUUAUUUUUUUUUAUAAAAAUGCCCACCCCCCACCAAGGCUCAGCAUCACACACACACACACUGCAUCACACACACACACACUGCAUCACACACACACACACUGCAUUUCAUACACACACACUGCACUCAUAUACACACACUGCGCACUCAUACACACACACUGCAUUCAUCAUAUACACACACUGUAAAUAAAUAUUCAAUUAAUAUAAUUUUUUUAGGAUCUAAUUUUAUUUAGAAAUUUACCAGUAGCUGCUGCAUUUCCCACCCUAGUCUUAUACUCGAGUCAAUAAGUUUUCCCAGUUUUUUGGGGUAAAAUUAGGGGCCUCGGCUUAUAUUCGGGUCGGCUUAUAUUCGAGUAUAUACGGUAUAUUGUUCCUGAUUGCAGCCUCAAAAUAAAUAAAAAAUAAAUAAAUAAAAACUUUACACCAGUAGAACAUUAUUGCUAAUGUUUUUACUGGGUCAUUUUCCUGCAUCGUCAAAUUAACUUUUAUAUAGCUAUUUAAUGGAUUUAUUAUCUUAUCACCUUAAAAGUUGAAUAGAGAUCUAAAUAUUCAGGAAUCAAAUAGUGUUCUAAGAAACAAGUAUUUUAGAUCAGUUCAACUGGUUUAAUCACUGGAAUCAGCAGAUGCUAAAGACAUAAUUAGAAACCUAUUGAUUUUUAUUUUACUUCAUUCUAACAUCGAUAUUGAAGCUAGUUCAGUAAGGGAAUUUGGUUCUGCUUGUUGUAAGCAUGCCAUUCCUUAAUACAAAUGUAUGCCAUGGAUCAAAUGGACUGUGCGUUACUAAAUAGCAGCUUGCCCUUUGGGUAUAUUGGUUUGUCACGGCUGUUUGUCUCUUUCAAGUGAAGGAAGUGACCUGAUUUAAUAACAGCCGUGGACUUUGCGUACCCAACCUGUAUUUAGAACUGUUAUCUGUACUAGAAACGGGACAUGUGGACCUGUAAGUUCUUAUUAUGCAAGUAGAAAAUAUGCAAUCGUUUGAUUUCAUAAUAUAUUUAUGUAUCUGAAAUAUAUAGUUACUAAUUGUAGUAAUGGAUUUAACAUUUGAUUUCUUUUUGAACAUUAAUAAACCAUGUCCGUUCAUCCACCUUACUCAUUUGUGUUGGUGCAUAUUGCCAAUUGAAGCUUAGAGGCAUUUGAAAUGUGCUAAUGUAAGGUUUUUAUAUGGCUUUUUGUGUUUUCCUGCUUUAAAGUCACUGAUAUAUAAAAUGUACAUUGAAAAAAUCUUUUUAUUUAUGUAACAUUUUCCGCAACCCAGGAUUACUUGCUAAACCUAUAAUUAUAAUAUUCUUUGAUACUUGUUAAGAUUAGCAACUGCAGUCAAUCGUUCUUACGUGUUUAGGGCUAAUUUUCUGGAAGAGCGCAGUUUGCUUACUCCUGCUUUUGGUCAUAUUUAUAAAACAAAUUUUUAGUCAUAGCCCUAUGCUUUAGGGUCUGAUAACAUCCUUUAAUCAUCCUUUUACUUUCAGAGGAGUUUGUCCCAGUCGUCUGGUUCUGCUCCCAAAGGAGCACAUGGUCAGGGUAUCUCUGUGCCCAGGGCCCACCAGUUACAGCAGCAGGUAAAUGACCAUGCGAGGUCCAAGCAUGAAGUCCAGCUGCUACUAAUCCCCAAACACACUGGCUGUUUACAAUUUCUUUGUACUCCCUACAUUUGCUGAAAUGUACAGUCGUAUGUCUUAAAAGUCCAAAUAGUCAAAUAUCGUGAAUUGCAUGUACACACACACACACAGUUGCAAGAAAAAGUAUGUGAACCCUUUGGAAUGAUAUGGAUUUCUGCACAAAUUGGUUAUAAAAUGUGAUCUGAUCAUCAUCUAAGUCACAACAAUAGACAAUCACAGUCUGCUUAAACUAAUAACGCACAAAGAAUGAAAUGUUGCCAUGUUUUUAUUGAACACACCAUGUGAACAUUCACAGUGCAGGUGGAAAAGGUAUGUGAACCCCUAGAUUAAUGACCUCUCCAAGAGCUAAUUGGAGUGAGAUGUCAGCAAACUGGAGUCCAAUCAAUGAGAUGAGAUUGGAGGUGUUGGUUACAGCUGCCCUACCCAAUAAAAAACACAUACCAGUUCUGGGUUUGCUUUUCACAAGAUGUGCCUGAUGUGAAUGAUGCCUCGCACAAAAGAGCUCUCAGAAGACCUACGAUUAAGAAUUGUUGACUUGCAUAAAGCUGGAAAGGGUUAUAAAAGUAUCUCCAAAAGCCUUGCUGUUCAUCAGUCCACGGUAAGACAAAUUGUCUAUAAAUGGAGAAAGGUCAGCACUGCUGCUACUCUCCCUAGGAGUAGCUGUCCUGUAAAGAUGACUGCAAGAGCACAGCGCAGACUGCUCAAUGAGGUGAAGAAGAAUCCUAGAGUGUCAGCUAAAGACUUACAAAAGUCACUGGUAAAUGCUAACAUCUCUGUUAGCGAAUCUACAAUACGUAAAACACUAAACAAGAAUGGAUUUCAUGGGAGGAUACCACAGAGGAAGCCACUGCUGUCCAAACAAAACAUUGCUGCACGUUUACAGUUUGCACAAGAACACCUGGAUGUUCCACAGCAGUACUGGCAAAAUAUUCUGUGGACAGAUGAAACCAAAGUUGAGUUGUUUGGAAGAAACACACAACACUAUGUGUGGCGAAAAAAAGGCACAACACACCAACAUCAAAACCUCAUCCCAACUGUGAAGUAUGGUGGUGGGGGCAUCAUGGUUUGGGGCUGCUUUGCUGCGUCAGGGCCUGGACGGAUUGCUAUCAUUGAAGGAAAAAUGAAUUCCCAAGUUUAUCAAGACAUUUUGCAGGAGAACUUAAGGCAAUGUGUCUACCAGCUGAAGCUCAACAGAAGAUGGGUGUUGCAACAGGACAAUGACCCAAAGCAUAGAAGUAAAUCAACAACAGAAUGGCUUAGAAAAAAAUAUGCCUUCUGAAGUGGCCCAGUCAGAGUCCUAACCUCAACCCGAUUGAGAUGCUGUGGCAUGACCUCAGAAUAUUGCUGAACUGAAACAGUUCUGUAAAGAGGAAUGGUCAAGAAUUACUCCUGACCGUUGUGCACGUCUGAUCUGCAACUACAGGAAAUGUUUGGUUGAAGUUACUACUGCCAAAGAAGGUUCAACCAGUUAUUAAAUCCAAGGGUUCACAUACUUUUUCCACUGCAAUGUGAAUGUUUACAUGGUGUGUUUAAUAAAAACAUGGCAACAUUUAAUUCUUUGUGUGUUAUUAGUUUAAGCAGAUUAUCUAUUGUUUUGACUUAGAUGAUGAUCAGAUCACAUUUUAUGACCAAUUUGUGCAGAAAUCCAUAUCAUUCCAAAGGGUUCACAUACUUUUUCGUGUGUGUGUGUGUGUGUGUGUGUGUAUGUAUAUGUGUAUGUAUAUGUGUGUGUGUGUGUGUGUGUGUGUGUGUGUAUAUAUAUAUAUAUAUAUAUAUAUAUAUAUAUAUAUAUAUAUAUAUAUAUAUAUAUAUAUAUAUAUGUGUGUAUAUAUAUAUAUGUGUAUAUAUAUAUUUAUUUAUUUAUUUAUUCAAUCUCUAUCUAUCUCCCACAAUGGAUUGUAAAGAACCUAAAUGCUUAACAAUAUCUUUUAAUUAUAAACUGGGUGAAUUUUUACACCUCGGCAACAUGAAACAUGCCCCAUAACCUGUACUUUGCAGUCAUUUCAGCAUUCUUUAAAGGGAACCUCCAGAGUUAAUUUAAAUAUGUAUAUUUUUUUUUUAUUCUGCUGCUCUUUCUAAGAACGGAUAUCUCAAACGCGGUUCCUAAUCCCUGGGAGGAUUAUCAAGCAUGGGGCCGUGUAUGACAUCAGGCACACCCAUGUUCCCUAAUUACUUGUUGAAAUUUCUGACUCGCUACUUGCAUAUGUGCACUGUGCAACAGUGAGCAGCAUCUCAUUUAAUCGAGGGAGGUGGUGGGAAGUUGCUCAUGGCUGCAUAGUUCUUGCACUUCCCAGUCAUAUCUUGAGAGAAUAUCCUGCCCAGAGAUUAAAGAAUAAGUACAGAUGAUCAUGUUACAGUCAGUGCCUUCUGCCACUUUAUGUUAACCGUUCAUCUGACGUCCUGCAAUAAAUCAUUCUAUUUUUAUUUAUGUAUUACUUGUCACUUGGUACCUGGAGGGUCCCUUUUUUAAGCAAAUAUUGUGUUUUCCUGUCUUUGUUCCUAAAAGAAGAAAGCUAUAUUUAAGUAUUGAUCCAUUCGUAUGUUGAAUGCUACACUAAUGUUUACUAACAAUGCUCUGUGGAAGCUUUGAUAACCAGCAGCGUACGGGCACAAGGCUUCACAUUUACUAAAUCCGACACCAGUUAUUGCAUGAUUUCAAGCCAUGGCGCAUGUUCACACAGCACAAAGCUAUUUGAUGGUAUUCAAAAUAUGUUCUGGUUUAUUACGCUAGCUGCAAUGCUUCACAGCAACACUGUUGAACAAACUAAAUGCUGACCUUUCCAGCUUGACUCGUUUCAUUCCUCUAGGAUUUGUGUGAGGUAUUAGAAGCCAGGAAGAUUUUGGGGUAAAAUGCUGGAUCCCCGUUUUCAGCGAUUGUGGGAUAAAUAUAAAAUGUAAAUCUUGCCUCCAUUUCAAUGUGAACAUAAAAAUAUUAAUGUUUUUCUUUCCCUAUUCACUUUUUAUCAUGUAAACUGUGCAAUUGGCAUUGAUGACAUUUCCGUAAAGACGAUAAUUUUUCUUCUCCUUUUACAAUUAAACUUUCAUCAAUCAUAGGUACACAUUAUGUAUGGUACAGAAAUGGGGCAACAAUGCUUUCUGUACCUUGACAAAUCUUCAGUCCAUUUUACUUUAGCCAUGUCCAAAGUUGCUGCCUCUCAUGUCUGCAAUUGCCUCUAGUUGCUAAUAAUAUUAAAGCUCUGAUUUAUUUUCAACAUAAUUUUCCCAUUUUAGAAUGAUCAUUGUUGGUUGUGGAUGAGCAAUAUGCAGUCUCUAGUUUCUCUCCAGGUCUCAUUAUUUCAAAGAGCGCACUGUAACUCAAGUGUUUAUUUACUUCAUGGUCACCAUGGCGACACUCGGCCAAUAUCAGACUGCAGAGCUAAGCUGGACUUCCCUGUAUCGUCAUAGUGUAGAUUGGCAGCAAUACACCACAACAUGGGCUUUGCCUCUUUUAGAGCUGCUUUAUUUACCCACAGAUGGGGAACACAUGCGUUUAAUUCUAUAUCUAUAUAUCUCUUUAACCCAUAAAAUACCAUUUAAUGUCAUGUGUGAUUUACGGUGCUGUUCAAAUUAAGGAAAGCUCUAUUGACAGAAAAGAAAACAUUCUUAUUUAUAUACCGUAUUUCCUUAUCUACAUCUUCUCACAUUAAAGCUGGUCGAGAGAUUUUAGUGGCUCACUUUGUUGCUGUUAUGAUGAGAAAUCAGUUUGUUGCCUUGGAGUUUAAAAUACUCCAGUCCAGAGACACAGGAAUGUUUAUUGAUUAAAAUACUGCUCGUUUUCCUGUCUGAGUAGCAACAUUUUAAGUGUAUGUUUGGGGGUGGGGAGGAGAGGAGAGGAGCAAGCCUUUUUAUUAUAGAAUCUGACUUUAACUACAGGUUUCUGAUUUGUGUGUAACAUAUAUACUACAUUUUGAUAUAUCUCCUGCAUCACUGCAAUGUUUUGAGAAAAAAAAUCUAGAAAAGUCUCAAUCGAUAAACAUGUUACUGAAAUUUCAUUGUCCAGUUUAUGUGCAUCCCGAACACAUUAAAAUCUUUCAUGUUGUUGAAGCCUUGGGGUUCAGUUGAAUUCUCUUUCCCAGUUAUUAAGUAAUCCUCUCUUUUUGCAGGUUCAGACUGUCCAGCAUGUCUACCCUACCCAAGUGCAAUAUGUGGAAGGAGAUACUGUGUACACAAACGGAGCCAUGUGAGUGCUGCAUGCUUUACCAAUUACAGUGCUACUUAAGAUAUUUCCCAAUAGAAAACUAAUUCGUAAAAAUAGAGGUCUUGCAUAAUUACCAGUGAAUGGAAGAAUAAUCAUUCUUACGGGAGAAUCACUUGCCAUAUAUUGGUUUUUAUGAAUUGUUUCCAUUAGGGCUGCAUCUUUAGAUUAUUUAGAUCUCCAUUCAUUGUGGAACUGCAAUUCUUGUAAUGCUCACCAAACUGGCCCCAGACACUCAUUUUCUUUAAAGGAACACUAUAGUCACCUAAAUUACUUUAGCUAAAUAAAGCAGUGUAUAGAUCAUUCCCUUGCAAUUUCACUGCUCAAUUCACUGUCAUUUAGGAGUUAAAUCACAUUGUUUCUGUUUAUGCAACCCUAGCCACACCUCCCCUGGCUAUGAUUGACAGAGCCUGCAUGAAAAAAAAAACUGGUUUCACUUUCAAACAGAUGUAAUUUACCUUAAAUAAUUGUAUCUCAAUCUCUAAAUUAAACUUUAAUCACAUACAGGAGGCUCUUGCAGGGUCUAGCAAGCUAUUAACAUAACAGGGGAUAAGAAAAUCUUAAUUAAACAGAACUUGCAAUAAAGAAAGCCUAAAUAGGGCUCUCUUUACAGGAAGUGUUUAUGGAAGGCUGUGCAAGUCACAUGUAGAGAGGUGUGACUAGGGUUCAUAAACAAAGGGAUUUAGGCAGAGGAUUGAGCGUGAGGCUGCAGAGGCAUGUUCUAUACACCAAAACUGCUUCAUUAAGGUAAAGUUGUUCAGGUGACUAUAGUGUCCCUUUAAGUUUAAUUGCUAAAGAUUAUUGAACUUAUAGUUGAGCUACCUGCUGAUUAGCUCUGAUUUCUAUUUUAAAAUGACAUGAUUAGAGCAAGAUAAUUGAUCCUAACAUAAAGAACAAUAGAGGAAAAAAGGACUAAUGCAAUGUAAACCGUAAGGAACUACUCCGCAAAGUAUUAAGUCAUCUUAUACCGUACUGAUGAUUAGAAUCGGAUUUGCAUGGAUCAUUAUGAAUUAUUCAUAGAAAUUUAUUGCAAUAACACUAGCAAGUAAACACACUACACGUAGAGCAACACGAAUAAGUCUGAGCAACACGAAUAAGUCUUACCAUCACUGUAUAUGUAUUUUAAACUUUAGUGUGCUCAUUUAUUGAUUUAUUGAUUUAUGCCAUGCCUCUUACCCUCUUUUAAAAUAAGAAAAAUACCAAAGGGUUCUCAAAACUACCUCUAAUUCCAGUGCUGGGACAAUCUCCUAGAGGAAGCCGGUCUGCCAUUUUUUAGAUCUGUUGUUGUAAUCUCAGUCUAGUCCAAUGCUUGUCAUAUAGAAUCAUUGGAGACGUACAUCAUUUGAAUCCAAUACUUCUAUGCGAAGUGUUAAAGGACCACAAUUGUGUUAGAAAUACAAACCUGUGGUUGUAAUGUCAGCGAUGCUCUAUGCUAGUUUGAUUCUUGCCCCCACCCACUUUCCUGAAAUGGUAAAAUGUCCUUUCCUUCUUUUUAGUCCAACGCUACACUAAUAGCAGAAAAGGCAGUGCUUAUAAUUAAGAGACUGCAAGUACAAUCUCUUUGCACCAGAAUCCCUACAUAAAGCUGUACUGUUUUCGGUGCUUAGUGUUUUCUUAACCGCUUUUCCUUAAUGUGGAAGUGCCUCUAGGGGCUGCUGGCUGUAAGACACUAAAGGCAUGUUAUCUAAAAAAAUAUGAACAUAUUCUCUGAAACUGCAGUGGUGUAAAUUGCCAAAUAAAAGGGACAGUGUCUGUGCAUCAAAACCACUACAUUAAAAGGACACUAUAAACACCCACACCACUUUAUAUCUGUGUGCCCCAGGCAUUUUAGUCUUGCAAUGCAAAGCAGUUUUCAUUGCAGGACUAAAGACACCUCUAAUGGCUGUCUUCCUGGGAGCAACUAGAGGUUGCUUCUACCUCCAAAACUAGGGAUGUGCAAAAAAAUUUGGUUCGGUUUGGAAAUUGGGGUAAGUAAAAUAAUUAGUCUGCCUCAGCAAUUCGGACCAAUGGCAUUCGGUUCAGCACUUCGGAACUGCCGGACGUCGGAACUUCAGACAUUCGUAAGCAUCCGAAUGUUCGAAUGUCAUGAAAUUCGUACGAAUGUACAUUCGGAACUAAACGAAUUGCACAUGUCUAUUGCUCAUUUCAUUGGACAGGGAAUAGUGAAACCGGAUUGGGCAAGCAAGCAUUACAUUGCACAAAACGAAUUAGCAUAUUGGCCAAGAUUCCGGUCAUCAUUCACGUAAUUUUCCCUCCCUCUCUCGUGUUUUGCCACUUUUCAGAAAGCCAAAUGGCUUCGGAGCUUCGGCACUUCAGGAACUACCGCACUUCGGACAUUCGUAAGCAUCCGAAUGUCCGAAUGGCAUGAAUUUCGUACGAAUGUAUAUUCACACAUGUCUAUCCACAACUGAGUAAGACACAGUUCUUUGAAAAUUUAUGCAAAUGAUUCUCAUAGACCGUAUUUUAGUAUAGUAUAAUAGUAUUUUAUUGGAGGAACGUGGAGUUUGACAUGCAUUCUCUUUUCUGCCGCAAUAUUUCUAAGCGGAGGAAGGGGAUUUCUAACUUAACAAAACAAACGCUAUUUAUUUAAUGAUGGAGGCGGGAAGGACCACACAGCGGGAGGGCAGAUUACUCUUCCACUUGCUGAUGCAAUGCCUGCAAGGGAAAAGAUUAUUUUGCCAGUGUGCAGUGCAUGCUGACAACAAAUGUAGAUUUUGCAACAAAUGUAGAGAAUUGACAUUUGCCAGUCUGGAACCGUUCAAGGCUUGAAAAAGUCACAUGUUGGGGUUGUAACUAGCCCUUGGCUCACGAGUACAAAUAUCUUAGAAUGUGCAGAAUUUCAAGCAGAAUGCUGCACAUCCUGCCUUCUACCACUAUGACCACUGCAAAUCCCUAAAGGGGCCAUGACGGUUGGAGUAACCUUUUAAUACCACUAGGGCCAGAGGGCACUAUACUGGUCCUAUUGUUUUAAUUGUUUUUAUUUAUUUUUUAUUUUUUUAACCUUAUCGAUUAAACACAAAAUCUAUCCCAAAAUGUAUGUUUGUUGUUUUUUUGCAUAUGGUCUUAAAAUAAAAUAUGUGUAAAAAGUUGUAAAGUUAACUUUCUUCUUGACCUUGGGAAUGCCCUUUUAAUUCUUUGUUAGACAUCAUGGUCUUUACAUGUACUGACAUUGCUAAUAUUAUGUCAUUUUUAUUUGAACAGUCGCACAACUUACUCCUACAACACUGAAGCGCAGAUCUAUGCUCCCAGCAGUGGUGCCUCCUAUUUUGAUUCUCAGGGUGGAGGAGCUCAGGUGACCACAGUUGUGUCCUCACCUACUGCCAUUCCAUCCCACAGUAUGGUUGGCAUCACCAUGGAUGUGAGUGGAAGCCAAUUAUUGUCUAGUUCUGGAGCAUACCUAAUUCAUGGUGGAUUAGACAACUCUCGCCAUGCACUCUCUCACACAUCUCGCUCAUCCCCUGCCACGGUAUGUAUAUUCGAUCUGUGGCCAAUAAAAACUUAACUUUUCAAAAUUUCCCACAACAAUUAAUAUUUUGCAAUUUUUCACUCUUGUGGCAAAUCUGCCUGCAAGUGACUUGUAUUAAGUGGGACCUACAAAGGAAAAACCUUUUAAAAUGUACAGGAUAUUAAAACAUUUCAAUACUGAAUUUUAUCAGCACAUCUUUACAAUAAACAAACAUUGUGCUCCUCUCUAUGAAUUGUAUAAGUUGAAAAAGAAAGCACCUUGAUACUUGAAGCAGUAUCUGCGAUGUGUAGAUGUUUUCUUUAUUAGCUUGUAGGGCACUUGAAACAAACAUGUUUGUUUAUUUUCAUACUUUUUUUUUUUCCCCUUCUUUGAGGUUUUAUGGUGUAUUCAAAGAAGCAGACACUACAAAUGUUUGUUUUAUAGUAGAACUAACCACGUCUAAUGACUUGGGUAGUGUUUGCAAAAAUAUGUUGGUCCUGCUAAUUUGAUAAUGGAAAGUCACUUUGAGAUAAAGAAAUGUAAUGGGACACUAUAGGCACCUAGACCACGUCGGCUCAUUGAAGUGGUCUGAGUGCAGUGUUCCAGGUCCCUUAACCCUGCAAUUGUAAUUAUUGCAGUUUUUAAUAAACUGCAAUAAUUACUUUUUGGGGAUUAACUCCACCUCUAGUGGCUGUCUGCCAGACAGCAACUAGAGGGACUUAAAGGGUCCUUAGGCUAUUUUUGCCUAACUGACGCUGGACGUCCUCACUCUCUGCAGCUGGACAUCACCGUCACCCAAAACCCCAUAGAAAAACAUUCUACAUGCUUUCCUAUGGGGGAAGUACUAAAGCGGGUGCCACCAUUGCUGUGCAUGGGGAGAACGGAGGCAGAGACCUAACUAGUGCCGGGGCACUAGUUUGUUUUCCUGACAUUAUAGUUUCCCUUUAAGAUUUGUAUGAAAAGGCCUGUGAAUUUUUUAGAAAGCAUUUGUGACAUCAGAAUUAAGUUCUAUGGUUUAAGCUUUAAUUGGUGUAUUGAUAUAUGUUAAUCUUUGCACAGUAUAAAUGAUCGGUCUUGUAUUACCAGCCUUUAUAUCCUGAUUAAUCUAGCUGAUGACUAUAGAAUUGUUUAUAAGCGGUCUACACUUCUUAAUUUAACAUUUGUUUAGUCCCAGUUUCCCCUAUCCCCCUCCAUAUACUCACUGGAAAAAUAGUGUAUUCAGUUCAGGGAUAGCAAGCCCCAUAUAAACAAACUAUUAGACCCAGAAAGCAUGUAUUUCACACCAAUAUAGAUUGUUCACAUUUAGGCUAAAGUUCAAUCUGAAAGCUGUAAUAACUUUCCCAAAAUGCUUCUCUUCUUGGAGGCGUGUCCAGUGAUGUCAGCACUGCUGGGCUUUGUCUGCCAAUGGGAUUUUCCAAAGUGCACUUUAGACUUUUGGAUUUUAACCUAGAUGUAAGGAAUCUAUAAAUUAAGUGCUUUCACUUCUCCGAUCCAUCUUACUGCUGGAACAUAACAUCUGAUCUCUUGUGUUUGAGCUUGAUGUUCCCUGAACUGAACACACUGAGCAGUAUCUGCUCUCAUGCAGUGAGUGUUGUGUGCUUAACAUUUUUUGCUAUGCACUAUUUUUUUCUUAUGUUUGUAUCUUGGAAUGCCUAUUCACACUGUAUAUGUCUGUGUAGAUAUGCCUAGGCCAGCUUUUAACAUGUCCUGCAAUAAUUUUCUACUUCCUUUGAGAUGGAAAUCCUCGCUCUGUCAGAUAUCUUAUUGGAAUUGAAUUUAUUUACUGUAUUUUCUGGCGUAUAAGAUGACUUUUUAACCCUGGAAAAUCUGCUCCAAAGUCGGGGGUCGUCUUAUACGCCGGGGUAUAGGGUCUAUAUGGCUGCCGGGGGUGCCCUGCGCCCCCAUCGCCGGCCCUUCUAAUUCUGCAGCCGCCUGAGCACUCUAUAGAGAGCGCUCAGACGGCUGCCGCACUGCCUCUCUUCUCACCUCCCCUUCCCUGUGCAGAGUGGGUGGCUGAGCUCCUCUUCGUCCUGUCAGUCCGGCCGGGUACCGCGCGGUACAGGAGAUUCAGUUACCUGUUCCCGGCCGGCCUGAAAGGAAGUGAGCACUCAGGACUGACAGGACGAAGAGGAGCUCGGCCACCCACUCUGCACAGGGAAGGGGAGGUGAGAAGAAUGUAGGGUGGAUUGGGGGAGGAGGGGAUUAAAAGAAUGGAGGGUGGGAGUAAAAAGAAUAUAUCACAAUUAGCCUCCUGUGUGCUAGACCAGCAGGCAUGGAUUAUAUGCCCAAACAGCCUGGCACAUACCUGGGCUUUAAAUGCUAUUUCAGAUUAUCAUUAUUUAAUGUCUUGCUGUGUAGCUGUGUCUGCUCACUGUACAUCAUGGCUAAUUUUUAUUUGGUGUGCAUUGGAAGAGGGGUAGUCUUAUACGGCGAGUAUAUCCCAAACUCUAUAUUUUAACUGGAAAAGUUGGGGGUCGUCUUAUGCGCCGGAAAAUACGGUAUUUUUUUAAUACUAAUAUGGUUUCCUUAUCAGACAUGGCUAGCAUUCCUAAUCCCAAAAUCUUUUUUUUUUUUUUGUUUUUUUUUUUACUUUUUGGUUCUUGCGUUUACAAGGGAAAAAGAAUGUUCCUUUGACUUUUAUUUACAUGGGUUUAAAGGUGUUUGCUGUUAUAGAAUCACCAAUACUUAAUUAAUUAAUAUUUGUUUGACCCACUUCCUUGCUCCAAUACAGGCUGCUCUAAUUCAUGGCAGUGGUCUUAUACCUUCAAAAUGUGUGUAUUGCACGCUUGUUUUUAGGCAGUAUGCGGUAUUCUGCUUAUUGCUGAAAAUUGCCAUUAAAUCUGCUACAGUGAGAGGCACUCUAUGAAUUAUGGAGGCAGAUGGCAUCACAACUAGCUGCCUACCGUAUUUGUGUAUAUAGCUGAAUGUUUUUGGACACGUGUGUGUGUGUGUGUGUGUGUGUGUGUAUAUGUGUGUAAUAAAAAAAUAAAAAAUAAAAUAUAUAUAUAUAUAUAUUACACACACACACAAUACAAGUGAGUGGCAGCAUUAUAGUGUUUUAAGUAUCCCUUUAACUUGGGGAUACUCUAAGCCUGGGAUAGGCAACCUUCGGCACUCCAGAUGUGGACUACAUCCCCCAUAAUGCUCUUACACCCAUAGUACUGACAGAGCAUCCUGGAUGGUGCCGAAGGUUGCCUAUGCCUGCUCUAAGCUAAUCUAUUUAUGCAAAACACAUUUUAAAAGCAGGCAGAAGAGAUGAGAUUGGUCAAAAACAUCGUUUCAGAAGUUUGCCGUUUAGUUGGUACAACUUUUUGAAGACUUGAGUUGGGAAUAAACAUUGGGCAAGCUACUAAGCUUUUACCUUUGCUUGAUAAACUCGGAUCUCAUUUGUUUUUGCUUAAAAUUUUGUAGAUUCUAGUAAUCUGCCUCCUUUUCAUAGAGUAAAGUGAGGGCAAUUACUUUUCGUGAUGAUCCUUUUAAGUGCAUUAUUUUGUCAUGAAGGUCUUGUUCAUCAAGACACUUGUUCCUUUUUCCAUCUUGGUAUGUGUGUAUUUUAUUGGGCACAGGGAGGAAAAAUAAUGCAUGUAAUAUACAUGUGUAUUUUUAUUCUUAUUUCAGAUUUUUGUUUUUUUUUGUUUUAUGCGCUUCCUUGUGCCUAAUACUCAUCAGAAGCUUGUAGAAAUUGACAGGUGUACAUACAUGUUCACAUAUGCUUUCACAGAACCGCACAUUUUAUGGGCACACUGUAGUGCUUCUAUGCCAAAGGAUGGAUUGUUGCUGUUUUUCACUGAUUACAAGUUUCAAGAAGAUGCAGAUAUAUCUUCAAUGUGUGGUUUUUGUCCAGAAAUUGUCGCUUUCAAUGUUAUAACCUUUUAUAUAAUUCUAGUUCCUGCAGUGCAUGUUGCAGUGACAUACACUCAAAGCCUUUUUUCCCCCCAAAUUUAACUGUGUACUCUUCAUGUCCGUGCACUUUUUCCUGACUUUUACUCGUUCCACAUCAGCAGGCUCCAUGUCUGACGUCUCCUCUGUUUUUUGCAUGCUUUCUCUGUAGCUUGAAAUGGCGAUUGAAAAUCUCCAAAAAAAUGAAGGCAUCACCUCUCACAAAAGCAGCUUGCUCAACAGCCAUGUAAGUUCACCUCUAACUCCACAGCCUGCUUGUCAGUGAAGACCUCUGCUUCUCCUUGGACCUUCUAAGGCAUGCAUGCUAUAACACUCUGCAGUAUGUUUAUCAGACAGGAACAUUUGUAGUUUGCCCUACCACUUUUGAACUCAUUAGCUCAUUAUUUGCACUGUUUGAGAUUUAGGAGCCAUUGUGUUUAAUUCCCUCUAAGGUUUAAUCUAUAGUAGAGUGUGUGUUUAAAAAUAUUUUUAUUUUGCCAAUGGGAAAACUCAAUGAGAUCAAUUCAUUAUACAUUGAAAUGUAAGGAAUGUAAAACCAAAUCACAAAAUCUAAAGUAGUCAAGCUGUGAAUAUACCCGAGCUGGAGAUUUUCUUACAUUAAAUAAAUAUAUAUUUUUUUUUUUGGGCUAUGUUUGCCUAAUUGGUUUUCUGUUUUGUUUUUUUUUUUUGUUUUUUUUUUGGUUAUUCUGUGCAAGCCACUGAAUUCUCUUUGAAAAUUUGAAUCUAUAUGAAUUUGGAAAUGGCUGGUGUAAAACAUGUACAUCAAGCUGUUGAGUCCCCUUUUGGUGUAUGCAAACAAUAUUCCCCCAACAUACUAACAUCAAGCGGCAUGCUGUUCUGUUCAGUAUGUAGCCCAUUACGCUUUGCUUUAAGUGUUUCUAUUUCUUAAGGCUCUCUACUAUAUCUGCUUUUGCUUUUUUCAAUUCCUAAUAUUGCCUAGCUUAACUUCCCCAUCCAACCAAAUUUUAGAAGCGAAAAAGUAAUUUCUUUUCUUUUGUUAAAGUUGAUGCAGAUUUUAUUUUUGUUGGGCAAAUUGUAUAUAGAAUAUUGUUUUGUUUUUUUUGGGUUUUUUUCACUUGGAUUUCAAUAGACUAUCUUCAGAAGGUUCUCGACCGUUUUAUCUGCUGUUUAGCUCGUCAUUGCGUAUUGGUGUAUAGCAGGUUCAUUUAUGACGUCCUCCAAAUAACUGUCCAUUUCCUCCCUAGCUCCAGUGGCUGCUGGAUAACUAUGAGACAGCAGAAGGUGUAAGCCUCCCCCGUAGUUCCCUUUACAACCACUACCUACGACAUUGCCAAGAGCACAAGUUGGACCCUGUUAAUGCUGCCUCCUUUGGGAAACUUAUCCGCUCUGUAUUUAUGGGCUUACGAACACGUCGCCUUGGCACCAGGUCAGUAUAAAGAAAGUCAUCUACAAAUAUACAAAAGAAAAACUUAAUGCCUUACACUAUACCACAAAACAAAUGCUACUGAUACACAUAGUGUUCAAUCAUUCAUACUUGCAAAUCAGUCAUGAUACACGGCCGGAACAUUAAAGGACAACUGUCAUUCAUUUUUUGCUUCUAGUUUUUCUUUUAUACUGUUUAUUGCAUUUAAAGGAAUGAUAUUGGUAAUACAAACAUAUUUUCCUAUUGCUACAGUGUCCUAACUGUUUAGACUAUACCCCCUCUCCCAUAAGGGUUAAAAUGAACAAUACCUCGGUGUGCUGAUUUUGCUGUAGUCUUAUCACUUACUUGGCUAAGAUAAUCAAUUAAGCCAAUCCAAUGUGUGCAAAACUCUGCGCUGCGCUGAUCAUAUCCUCUCUAGGCGCAGCAUGUGAUGAAAACAGUUUGACAGUCAGGAAGACUGCCACUAGAGGUGUAUUAACCCUUCAGUCAUAACAUGUUUUGGAUUGGAGGGUUAAAGUUUAAAGGUCAUUGCACCAUGACCACUUCAUUGUGAUGGAGUGAUGUGGUUACCUUUAGUGUUCCUCCAAGGAAUCUAAUUAACCAGGACUUGUUAGUGUACCCAAGCAAUCUUGCUUGAUGCUGAUAUGGAAUGCAUCCUGGAAACCCUAUCUGUUUCACAAGAGAUCUCUGUAUUUUACAUGUAGACUAUUGGGUCUACUAGCAAACUGGUCCCUGUCUGUUCUUUAACGUGUAUGUAUUCCACAGAUAAAAAUGGACACACAUUUCCAAAAAAGGAUCUGAAGGACUGUGAAAUUAUUAUAUAUUUUUUUUUUCUCCAUUUUCUACUCCUUUUCUCAGCUGGAAUGCAUGCAGUUAAAUGUAACUUUGUUUUUCUUCCCCCCCCUGCAUUUCAUGUUUUAGAGAGGAGGUUCGUUUUUUUUUUUUUUUUCUAGAGUCCUCUAUCAUUUCUAAUGGUGUAGUUCUGAGUGGUUUUAUGUAUACAUGUUUAACAUAAUUGUAAACUGCACUGUCUAUUUGCAGGACCUUUAAAAACACCUGGGUGGCUAACACUAUGCUUCCAUCAUUUUUUUUGUUUUCUAGGGGUAACUCAAAAUAUCAUUAUUAUGGCAUCCGGCUCAAACCAGAUUCUCCCUUGAACCGUCUUCAGGAAGAUACUCAGUACAUGGCAAUGAGACAGCAGCCCAUUCAUCAGAAGCAAAGGUUAGAAGCAGUCAGCAGUCCUGGCUCUUAUGCAGGCGCAUUAUUUACAAAACAUUCUGGUAGCUUUCAUAGUUAAAUACAUAGGUGUUUGUGCUAUAUAUUUAUUAAAAAAAAUAAAAAACAUUGCUUAAAUCUAGUUUAUUGUAGUGUAAGCUUUCCUCUUCAACAAGGGCAGUUUAUAAUUCAUAUCAUUAUUUUAUUUUUAUAGCGCCAGCAAAUUCCAUAGCGCUGUACAUAUCUGAUUUUAUCCUUUUUCUGUCUCUACAAGGCUGACUAGUUUACACUUUGAAAAUAAAUUAAAGUGGCCGAUAUGCAUGACUGAGUCACUAACAUAGACUAUUCAUAUCUGCACAGAAAAUGUGUGUUUGGGUUUCCUUCUGUAAUUUAGUUAUCAUGCAACUUUUUUGAAUAAUUAAAUGCACCAUGGUAUUCUAACUCUUCUCCGCCCCCCUUGGUGGUAGCAUGUUUUCUUGUAAAGUAGCAGUCAGUGCAUUGAAGUGAGGACAGUAGCUUUCUGCUAAAGUGACUGCAGAAGGCAUUUUUGAUUGUGAUCACAAUAUAAAGGCUAUAUAACUAGAAUCAAUGUCAUUCAUGAAUUAAUAAAGUGAGCAAUCAAUCCAUGUUCUUUUUCUUCUCCAUAUGCUGUGUAGGUACAGACCAAGUCAGAAGAUGGAGGGUAUGGGUGACAACACCAGUAACAGCAGCCAGCACACCUCUCCAGAGCAGUCGGUAGUUGCUCAGAGUCAGCAUCACCAGCAGUUUAUUGGUAAAGAAGCUAAUGCCUGUCUUUGCAGAACCCCAAAGCACAAAUGACUUCAAAAACAUUUCAUUAAAAUUAAAAGUUGCCCCAGUCUAAUUGAAAUAAGUCAGUUUUGCUCACCAUUGAAUUAUUUACUUUAUUUAUUUUUAGAUAUGUCCCACGUGUUUCCAGAUUUCCCAGCACCAGAUCUUGGUGCUAUGCUGCUGCCGGAGGGUAUUACAUUGACCGAUAUUAAGAACCUUCAACUUAUGUACCGCAGGCACUGUGAGGUAAGGGCCUCUUCGCUUUGGUUGUUUAAACAAUCGCGUCAUAAAUAUAUGCAGUGUUAAAACUCCUAAUACUUUACUCAUCUAAGCUGCAUGUAAUGAUAAGUUCUUAUUCCCUACACAUUGAGAUUUCUUUAAAAAUUGAGUCGGUGGCUGGGUAACCUCAAAAGAAAAUAUAUAGCUGCAAAAUCAUAUUUGAGAGAAGGUUUAAAGGACACUUUCUUAAAUACUGUGAUCUUUGAUAUAAAAUGUAAUAUUUGAGGGUGUUUAACAAUAGGCACAACCCAUUAACAUUUAUAUCGUUCUCUUUAACAUCCCUGGCAGUAAUCCUGAGCGUGGCUCGGGGUUAAUUUUCAGUACCAAAAGUGGUAACCCCGAGCCACGCUUGGGAUUACACUGUAGUAUCACUUACCUUGUCCCUACAAGCCCCUAGUGUCCUCCCACAGUGUCCUCCGCCCGAUGCCGGCAUCAGUCUUAUGGGUUCCCUUUCCCUGCGAGCGCUGCCUAGCAGAACCAGGCGGGGAAUUCAAAAGAAAAAAAAAAAUACAUACCCACAAUAAAUUGUAAUACAUUAUAAUUAUUAAUUUAUUAUAAUUUAUGAUUUCGUGUUUCAAACUUUAUUAUACCCGGGAUGUCACCAGACUCUUGUUUGGACAGAUUUAAGUGAGUUAUUCCUAAGCAUUAGAAGCCUACAAUAUGAAACAAAAAAUGUACAUACAAAAACUUAAACAUUCAAAAAAUACUUCCCUAGUGAAGAGUCAAUAAAGACUGAACCUAUAAAUGGCAUUAACUAUGCUGCUCCAUUAUGUGAGGAUGUUUUAGUGCGUCUCUUACAAUGCAGAAAUUGGUUAUUUUAUUUUGGAGGGGUGAUGGGAGGAUUUAUGUUUUAGAAAAGAACAAUAAUUUUCUUUUACUUUAAGGCAACACUGGAUGUGGUGAUGAACUUGCAAUUCCAGUACAUUGAGAAAUUGUGGCAAGCAUUUUGGAAUUCUAAGCCGUCUUCUCCUUCUGGCAGUACUGGGAUGACCAGGUGAUUAUGGUUUGCAGUGCUCUUUUCCCAGUUUGGAAAGUGCAAAUGGUCUGUCUCUGUGUAAUUUGUGUUGGCUUAACAGGUUUUACGUCUACCAAACUGUACUAUACCGUGCUAAUCUGUAUGAAACAGUUUUUCAUUAUAAUUGGUAUUCCUAUAUAUGCAUCUCAAGCUGUUACUCUAGGUCAGGGGUAGGCAACCUUUGACACUCCAUUUGGAGUGCCAAAAGUUGCUUACCCAUGCUCUUAAGAGGCUCUUAACUUUCUUUGACAGGGACCCACAUUACAUGCAUGGCAUUAGCUUGGUUGCCCAUUCUUUAAUUAUAAAAUGAACUUGGUUGAUUAUUUAAUUGCUAUCUGCUCCAUGAAAAUGAAUUCUACAAACGCCUUCAUUAUACUCUUCCAAGUGUUUGGGAGGGGCUACGUUUCAUUGGGGAAAGCAGUGCUGCUACAGUAAACCAUUUGUUGUGGGCAGUUAUACAGGGCUUGUUGAAUAUGAUGUCUGUUCCAACCAGUGGAACCCCAAUGAAAAUACAUGGAUUAAACACAUUGGGUCCUGGCACAAUCGUUAACUGCUAUAGCUUGUACGUUUAACCCCUUAAGGACCAAACUUCUGGAAUAAAAGGGAAUCAUGACAUGUCACACAUGUCAUGUGUCCUUAAGGGGUUAAAGUGAACGCUUUGCAGUAGACUCUUUAAAUGUUUGUUUUAAUUCCGAUGUGUGUUUUAAUGACAUUGUGGGGGGGGGAGGGGGGGGUUGAUAGACCUAAAAAAAUGUUUGCUUAAUUAUGAAGUAUUGUGUAUUGCAACCUGAUAACAUAAGCAUACAUAUUUUUUUUUCUAUUGUUGGCACCUUAAAUCUUAUCAUGGGAUAUUUAUUUAUAGCACUACUUAGUUCUCCUUUUGUGAAUUAAAGUUUAAAUUACGGUUUACAACCCGUUUGCCUUGUAUUUGAAUCACUUUAUGUAUGUUAUCUUGUGGUUAAACUACUGGUACAGUAUUGUUCACGGGAGUUUGCUUUGAAUGUCUGAUAAACUGUGAGGAAAUUGCUUAUAGUAUUAAACCAAGCUGUCCGUGCUAUGAAGACCAUUUGUUUUCACACAGUCUUUCUAUCUUAAAACACAGUGAAGAGGAGCAAGAGGCAGUCAUUCCCAAGGACACACUCAUGGUGUUGUGCAAAUAUGAGCCCAUCAUGAGAUGGAUGAGGAGCUGUGACCACAUCCUUUACCAGGCUUUAGUGGAGAUACUCAUCCCCGAUGUAUUGAGGCCUGUUCCUAGUAAGUGCAGUAUGACAAAUUGCUUGCAAUUUCUGUUUCCUCUAAAAAUAUAUAUAAAAUGAAAUUCUACUACUCUUCAGUGGUCCUAAAGCUGCAGCUACAGGCAAUCCCCUCUCUCACCUGGAGGAGGCGCCAUAGGUGAAGAGAUUCUAAUCCUAGUGUAUGGCGUCUGCAGAAGUUUAUGGCAUUAGUGGUUUAUCCCAUAAUUGGUGCACAUUUUGUGUAUGUUUUGUGCUACUGUAAUAGUAAUUUUGUUUUAGUUUGAUAUAUUUUUUUUGCGCACUUUACUUUAUUUUCUGCUUAAAGGUACAUUGCAAGCAUUAAAAUUGCCACAGCCUGCUGUAGUGGUUAAGGCACUUGGAGUGCCCUCUCAGUGUAAAUGACCAAACCGUUUGUGCAAAAACCUUUUGAGACCUGAGUGGGACUAACCUUUGAGAAUAGGCACAAGCUCAGAAACCUCAUAUUCUGUUUUUGCUUUCAAUACCAGAUGUGUCAUGGACACACGGGGACCCAGCUAUUUUGUCAAAAAUGGUCUACACAGCUUGACAAAUUAAUCUGGGAGGGCACCAGGACUCUCUUGCAACCAUAACCACUACACCACUGUAGUGCUUGGGGUGUCCCUUAAAUGAAUGUGAGGGAGCUGUCCAACAUAAAACAUUAAAAUUCCUACUCUGAUAUCCUUAUUUAUGUAUCUUGCAACAGUUGUUCAAAUGGCUAGCUAAAUUCCAAGAAUUUAGACUUUCUGAAGAAAACGGUUUCUGUACAUAAAUACUAUUUAUUUUUUAAUCUAAUGUGGUAUUUAUCAAAGUGUGCACUUUAAUGCAAAACAAUCUCCCAUACUUUUUAGAUACAAGAUAGAUCUGAUACAAUUGUCUCCUGAGUAUUGUCAAGAGUUAACGUUAUGUUCAAUCAGCUGUCUGCAGAAAUGUUUUAGAAAACCAGAACAGAGACACACAGCCAUGGCAAAGUGUCCAAACCCCUUUUUUCUUUUCUCCUCUACCACCACUGUGAGUUUCUUUUACAAUUAAAGUAACCCUCAAUAUUUGUAUCUAACUGAACUUGGUUAAAAAUGGGACAAUCACAUGUAAAAUAUGAACUGUGACAUCCUUUUAAAUGUUGGUAUUCUGUUACUCCCGAAACUUACUUAGUUUUAUUUGUGUUUAGGACGUUUGCAAGCUGUAUUGAAUAAUUUCUGAAUUGGGUUAUUCUUUGUAGCGUCAAAACUGAGUUUAGGGUAUACAUCAUGAAACUCUGGAUCUAAAGUCAUCAUACCUGAUGUGAAAGCUCCUUUAUUUACCCAUACAUUUAGAAAGUAAACCUUACCUUUACUGUCCUUAUAACAAGUAUCCCUUUUAAUGACGACGUAUUCGUGAAGCUGAUGCUGUACGAUUCAUCACAAUCUAUCUUUUCUUUAAGGUACGCUGACACAGGCAAUCCGAAAUUUUGCAAAAAGCCUGGAAGGAUGGUUAACCAAUGCAAUGUGUGACUUUCCCCAACAAAUUGUCCAGGCAAAGGUAAUAUUAGUAUUUCCAUGUAUUCUCUCUGGUUUGCAAUAGCUCUUACCUCAUGAGGUAUGAGUUGGCAGUGAAUACACUGUCUUGUUUUUGUUUAGACUAUGAAUUCACAGUAUUUCUUUUUCAGGUUGGAGUGGUCAGUGCAUUUGCACAAACAUUACGCCGCUACACUUCUCUCAAUCACCUGGCGCAGGCAGCCCGUGCAGUCCUGCAGAACACCUCUCAAAUCAAUCAGAUGCUCAGUGACUUAAACCGUGUGGACUUUGCCAAUGUGCAGGUAAAGACAAACAAUCUGCUUGGGUGCAAUGCAGGAAGCACAUCUCCUCUCCAUUCUAAAACUUUUUGUAUUAAAAAAACCUGUUGCUAUAUGCGGUUUCUAACACUCUCUCCAUCUUCACAGGAACAAGCUUCUUGGGUAUGUCAGUGUGAAGAAGGCAUGGUGCAGAAGUUGGAGCAAGACUUCAAACUAACCUUGCAGCAGCAAAGCUCUCUGGAUCAGUGGGCAACUUGGUUGGACAAUGUUGUCACACAAGUGCUAAAACCCCAUGAAGGAAGCCCACUCUUCCCUAAAGCUGCCAGACAGUUUCUCCUCAAAUGGUCUUUCUACAGGUCAGUCUCAACUCUUAGCUGUAAAUAGAAAAAAAAAAGCAAACCGAUAUGGGAAUUCAGUUCCACCAUCCGACCAUAUAGUUUUAGGCCCACCACUUCAUCACAGUGACCCAAUAUCGGUGGGUCCUAUACUAAUUUUAACGCCGGAGACAAAAAACUUAAAUAGGGUUCAAGAAAUUUUUGGAUAGCAAUGUCACUUUAAUAGUUUUUGAUAUAGAGCAGAUAUGUGAUAUGCAUGGUGAGUAAAUACACAAAAGCACUAUCACUUUAAUUAUUUAGUUGUGACCUGGAAUUUUGCAUGUUUUUACAAUGGUUUUAAAACCAGAUUAAUUACAUACACUUUAAUUUCUUAUACUCAUUUAGCUCUAUUUAAGAAGUUUGUCUUCCAUGUUAAAAUUAGUGACCCAUCGAUACUGGAGGUACUGUGACGUAGUGUUGGGCUUAACACGAUGUGACCAUGCUGGAGCUCAAUCCCCAUGUUUGCUGAGAGGGGAUUCGAAGUAGCCCUGUAAAUUUUAAACCUGUAUUUUUGUGUGCGUUGUUCCUUAUUCUGUAUUUUUUUGUAUAAAUUGUGGGCUUUACGGUUGCUCCAUUGCUGAGAAAUGCUUGUUCCGUGUGUUCCCCCGAUUCUAUUCUCAACAAAUGUAUCCCUGGUUCAUAAUAGAAUUAAGUCCGAAAUAUGAAAUGAACUAAUGUUCUCUUAGUAACUGUUGCAAGUGGACUGUACCAUAAAAUUGUCAAGAAAUAAUCAAAUGGCCAAUGCAUAAUAGUAGUAGAAUCAGCAGAUUCUACUGGUUUAUUAAAAAGUAUCAAUGUAUUAACAAAUGAAAAGAAUGAAAACCAGUUAUAUGUUCCAAUUUCCUUUGGUUACAUCUCUUGACUUAAAUGGUCUACUGUACAGCACUAUAAUUGGUUUUGCAUACAUACAUUAUAUACACGCCACUGUUUUUUUUUGUUUUUGUUUUUGUUUUUUUUUUAAAUCAGUUUUAUUAAGGCUCAACUACUUAAUUUCUUCACAAAGACAAUAAAUAUAAAGGCAGCUUGAGAUAUUUUUUUAUUUAUUUUUUUAACUUUUUGAUACGAACGUUUCCAUUUCUUUUGGCAGUUCUAUGGUGAUCCGAGAUCUUACUCUGCGCAGUGCUGCAAGUUUUGGAUCAUUUCAUCUCAUCCGCCUGCUUUAUGAUGAAUACAUGUUCUAUCUAGUAGAACAUAGAGUGGCGCAAGCAACAGGCGAGACUCCUAUUGCAGUGAUGGGGGAGGUAAACACCAUGUAUUUAAUUUGAAAACUUAACAUGCAUGUUAACUGACCCUGUUAAUGUUUAUGUAAUGUAGUAUUUGUCUGAACACAUGUAUAAUCACCAUUUAAUGUUUCCUUGUUGUGAUUUUCAGUUCAGUGACCUGGCUUCUAUGUCUCCAGUGUUGAUGGACAAAGGUGGGUUUUGAGUUCUAUUUAAGAAUAAUUUCAGUAAAUAUCUAGCAGGUUGUUACUCAAAUAUAUAGCAGCUGUAUUGUGCAGAGCUAAAAACACACAACGGACAGUAAUGACGGUUGCUCAACCUUUCAGUGAACUUGUUCAAAUGUUCAUCUAGUCAUUGCCAUUACCAUGUUAGCGGGAUUGUGUCAUCUCUUGUUGUUCUACAACUUGCUUAUCUCUUAAUAUACCCAACUUGUUAAUGAAUUCUGGACAGUCUUAUUUUAGAGUGUGCUGUAGGUUUUUUUUGUUUUUGUUUUUUUGUCCAGAACAAAAUAAACCAUUCGUUAAAACAUAUUCUGUCAAAUGCAUCAAACCACCAAUUAUCAUAAAAACAAUAUGGAGUAUUUUUCCAUUUUGAUGAAGUGGAAGGAAGGGAUUCAAAAUACUAUUUCCUAUGCCAUUAAAAAAAAAAGCAUUGCUCAACGCAUUCUUAAUCUAAUAUUUAUCUAUCUGCAGAUGAACUCAGCGAUUUGGGCAGUGACACUGAUGGAGACCCUCGUGUUUCUGGCGAGCCUCCUGUUAAAAGAGAACGUAUUGAUCUUAACCACUCCUUGCAGGAAAUCUAGAAGGGAAAGAGACUUGUGUGCCUAAUCACUCACGUUGCCUCUGAUGCAAUCUGCCUUCAUAUUAGAAAUCCACAAAACUAGUGCCUCUAACAUGCACCAUUAGUUUUCCGCACCCGUCCGUUAAUAUCAAGGAACGUUUGUAACAGCAAAGACAGGUGGACAGUGUGCUAUAUACUCGCUUUACCACCGGUACCCAGACAAUCACACACCACCUUUUUAUGUGCCACAACGUGACUGUUUGCUCUUAAUGUGUGCCUGUACGUGUAUAAUAAAGUGGCUUGGGAUUUUUUUUUUUUAAAUUUGGUAUUAUUUAACACCACAUCUUUUUGACCUGUAUAUAAGAUGAUUUUACCAUAAAUUGGCUAUUACCUCACCUGCGUAGAAUGCUUAAAUGUGCUGCAAACGCUUGCCAAAUAACACUGUGCAUUAGACCAUAGAAAGGAUAGUAGCUAUCCAGAGUGUCUAUAUAUGUAGAUGUCCAGUACACUUGUUGGAAAAUGUAACACAUGGAGUUGAACCUUCGGAAGACAUCUGAAAACAUUUCUUAUGUGAACUGGAUGCCUCUUUCUGAAAAUUACACAUUUCUGUAUGGCUGUUAGAAGUGGCACAUGAGACGGUGAAGAUGGUGAAUUGGCCUUUUGAUGACUUCAAAGCCUCAAUACAUUUCGAGUUUGUAUAGUAGGAUGUACUCCUCUUAGAGCCUAGAUAAAGUAGGCUGUCAUCUUGACUUUAUUAAUGAAUUGUACACUCGCUAGGGACUGUUCAGUCUUGACUCUAGAUACCAAAGCAUCUUGUAAGCAAAGCACAAGAGGGGAUCUUUCUGCCUUUAUUUAUGGAAAGUGGUUAAUGAUGAAUUUGGAAGACCCUCUUUGCCUUGGCUCUGGUGCCUUCAGAAUCCUGAUCAUUUUGUUUGAAUGGCACAGAAAAGGACUGCUCACAUUGAAUGUCUGAAGCAGAUUGUUCUUGUGCUCAAUUCAAAUACUCUGGCUCCAGCAUUUUCUCUUUUGAUGUUUAAAGAAAAAAAUAAAAAUCAGUGCCUUAGUGUAAACAUGUCUGCCUCCUAAUACACUCAUUAGAUCUAUAUAUCUGUUUGUGAACAUGUUUCUCUUUGUUUAAUGGUCAUGUUUCUGUUCCAGCUUAUAACAAGUUACCAGCUUCCCAUUAAUGGUUUUACUAAGAUGUUUAUUGGUACAGCUCUCCUUAUUAUAGGGGGGAUUAUAGAUCUGCAAAUAUUGUGCCAGAGAAGUUCCACCAAUGUUUUGGUGGAAGGUUAAAAAGUUUAAAAAAGGACUCAUAUCAUCAAAAGUUGACCGAGAUGGGAUAUUGGUUCUCUAUUCUGUUAACUCAUUGCUUAUUUCCUAAACGUGAGGGGAAACUUGGUUGUUCCAGUCUGAAAUAUGGGAGAAAGUGACUGAUUUCUCAGUGGACUAUUAUACUUACAGACUGCCAUUUUUCACAUCUGGACUAGAUUAACUGCUACUGUUUGUAGCAUUCUAAACCAAACCUUGAUGUUGAGACCUUAAUUUUAAAGCAGGACUGUUGAAUUAUUGUUGCCCUAAAUGUGAAUUUGUGGCCUUUUAACCCUGUUCUUUGUACUGUGUAGUUGCCUUUUUGGUUAACCCUUCCAAGUCUGGGAAAAGUAAUGAUUUGGGCCAACUGACUCGUUAACCUAUAGUAACCCAUUUAACUACAUUUAAACACACAUCUGAUUUAAAGAGACUCCACUCCUAAUCUCGUGCUGCUCAACACAGAAUAAAAGAACCAUGUGUUUGUAAAGUAAAACGGUUAUAUUUGCAUGCCUGGAGCAAAUAUUUCUGGCAGAUGUCAUGCCCAGCUUCAGUGCAGUUUAAUAGUCCAUAUCUGCAGAACUUUAAGUUGCAAACAUCAAACCAAGACCUACAUGGUUUGGAAUAGCUAAUGUGUGCUAAGGCUUCAUCAAGAGUCAACCAUACUAGAGUAACAUUUGCCUUACUAAUGCUGAGAACUAUUUGUAUCUCCGUGCUAUCAAAAGUUCAGGCAGUGCCUACAUCAGACUGAGAUUUUUUUUUUUAAAUAGGGGCAUUACAAAUAAAUGAACGGUCUAAAAUCUGUUUAGAAGCUUAACUAUAUUGAAUCUCCACUUUACAACAGUUCUGGAUUAAUUUGUUGUCUUGCAUUUCAUUCAAAGAACUGUAGCUUUGUUUUAAAGACUUUUUGUUUGAUAAAAUUUUAUCCAAAUGCAUAUAUUUUUGCAUUGCCUUGACAGACUGAGUGAGUACAUUUUGUUGUAGACUGAUGGUGAUAUUGGAUUUCUUUCCAUAUUUAUGUAUCCGUGUGAAUCUAGAAUAUUCACCUUAUUUAUCAAGUGUUUUAUUUCUAAAGAGUAAUUGUCAUUUGUUCCAAAGAAUAUUAAGUUGACACUGAACUAGAAAUGAGUGGGGGGAAAAAAUGUUAAAACCAUAAUUUCAAAUAGAAUCAUUUUACAAACUCCUUUCUGCAACCCAUGUUUUUAUUUCACGGACUUGGAAGGGAUUAAUUGUACUUUUAUCUGGAAACUUGCAACUAUUAUUUUUCUAAGAUAACAUAGGAGUUAUUAUUUUCAUAUCCAAAUGAAAUACACUAUGUUUUUGGAUUUCAACAGAAUUGUAAAUAUAUAUGAAAUCUUAAUAAUGCUCAUUUGGAGAUUAAGGCUUGUUUUUAGUCUUUAUUGGUAGAAAACAAAAUUGUGACUUUUCAUGUAAAAUGUAUAUUGAAUUAUAUCGUAAUUAAUGUGGUGUUCGUGUCUUUAUUUGUAUGAAUUCCAUCAAAACUGUAUUGUCACCUGCUAUAGAAGUUUCUUUACUGCAG